GGCGGCGCGGGGGGAGAGCGGGAGAGGCGGCGGGAGAGACGGUCCGCCAUAUUUCUGCCUCGCCACGCCCGCGGAGCCGAGCCAUUGAAAAGCCGGGCGAGCCCGGCCCCUGCCUGCCUAUUUGCCUCCUCUUCCUCCCCGGCGGCUGCCCGCCGCCCUCCCCCUCUCUCGCCCUUACUGGCAGGGCAGGGGCGAGCCGCGGCAGCUUUCCGGCAGCGGCUCUCCCCGCCAGAGGGGCGAGCGGCCGCCCCACCGGGAAGGAGGGUCGGCCGUGAGGAAGCGCUUCCCGCCGGGCGAGCGCCGAAGGUCGCCGGGCAGCGGCGGGCCGGCCCACUCCGCAGGAGCUGGGCUCCCGCUCCAGGGCACGGGGAGCGGCAGGGAAAUGUGUGUGCGGAGGGGGGGGAGGGAUUAGCGGGCAUUAGCAUUUCCACGGGGGGGUGGGGUGGUCGCGUCGGAGUGCGGUGGGGGUGUCGUCCGCCAGGGACACUCGGGGACCGCGUUGGCUGCGGGCGGCGGCGAGGGAAGGGGAGCAGCAGGGCGAGGGGCGGCGGUGGCGAGCGGCUCGGCUCGGCUGGGUAGCGCUGCUGCCGCCGCGGUGGAUGUUUCCAUGUUGUUUGGUGCAUGAUUUAGAGGAGAGGAGGAGUUGGCAGCGGCGGGUGUCAGCGGCACGGAGCGGGGAUCCGCGCCGCCAGCGGCCCUGCCUCUUUCUUCUCGCCCCUGUGUGGCAUCGAGGCAGCUGCCUGCGCUUGCCCUGCGGCGCCCGGCGGGGGCUCCCGGGGCCGGUGCGGCGGCGGGGUGCGUGUGUGUGAGUGUGCGUGCGAUUUUAGGGGGAGUGGGGGUUGUGUCUGAACCAGUUAGGAAGAAUGACUCUGGAGUCCAUCAUGGCGUGCUGCCUGAGUGAGGAAGCCAAGGAAGCCCGGCGGAUCAACGACGAGAUCGAGCGGCAGCUGCGCCGGGACAAGCGGGACGCCCGCCGGGAGCUGAAGCUGCUGCUGCUGGGCACAGGAGAGAGUGGCAAAAGCACAUUUAUCAAGCAGAUGAGAAUCAUUCAUGGAUCAGGUUACUCUGAUGAAGACAAAAGGGGCUUUACAAAACUGGUGUACCAGAAUAUAUUUACAGCAAUGCAGGCCAUGAUCAGAGCCAUGGAUACCCUCAAAAUCCCAUACAAGUAUGAACAUAACAAGGCUCAUGCACAGUUAGUUCGAGAAGUCGAUGUAGAGAAGGUGUCAACUUUUGAGAACCCAUAUGUAGAUGCAAUAAGAAGCUUAUGGAAUGACCCUGGAAUUCAGGAGUGUUAUGAUAGACGACGGGAGUAUCAAUUAUCAGAUUCAACUAAAUACUAUCUUAAUGACUUGGACCGCAUAGCAGACUCCACUUAUCUGCCAACUCAGCAAGAUGUGCUCAGAGUUCGAGUCCCAACAACAGGGAUCAUUGAAUAUCCAUUCGACUUACAAAGCGUCAUUUUCAGAAUGGUGGAUGUAGGAGGCCAACGAUCAGAAAGAAGAAAAUGGAUACAUUGCUUUGAAAAUGUCACAUCUAUCAUGUUCCUAGUAGCUCUUAGUGAAUAUGAUCAAGUGCUUGUGGAGUCAGACAAUGAGAAUCGAAUGGAAGAAAGCAAAGCACUCUUUAGGACAAUUAUCACAUAUCCGUGGUUCCAGAACUCUUCAGUCAUUCUGUUCUUAAAUAAAAAAGAUCUCUUAGAAGAGAAAAUUAUGUACUCCCAUCUAGUUGAUUAUUUUCCAGAGUAUGAUGGACCACAACGGGAUGCACAAGCGGCACGAGAGUUCAUCCUGAAGAUGUUUGUAGACCUGAAUCCAGACAGUGACAAAAUUAUCUACUCCCACUUCACGUGCGCUACAGACACAGAGAAUAUUCGCUUCGUCUUUGCUGCUGUCAAGGACACAAUCCUACAGUUAAACCUGAAGGAGUACAACCUGGUCUAACUGUGCCUAGGAGGCCCUCCAAAACCAACUUUGUGUGAUUGAAGAUAUACAAGAGGGACUGUAUUAUCUGUGAAAAAAAUUUGCAUAAUACUAAUUUAUUGCCGGCCUGGACUCUGUGAAUGUCCACAGAGUUUGUAGUUAAUAUUAUGAUUUUAUUUAAACUAUAUGGAGGAAAAACAAAAGAUGCUGAAGUACAUUCACAGCACAUUUCCUCAUUUUUUAGGCAAAACGUGACUCAAUGUGUUUUAAAUUCUCAGUCGUACAUUUACAAAAGAUAGCAGUUUUUUGCUAUUGAAGCAAAAUCAAGCUGGUUUCCUCUUUCCCUGACCCUUUCUCUCUCCCUCCUUCCCCUCCCCCCUUAUCUUUUACAAGGUACAAUGGCCUGUUUUGUCCCAGUUGCAUUUCUGGGUGAAAUAUUUUCUGUUGAGUGAUUUGGUCAGGAAAAUACUAUCAUCGGAAUCAGUCAUUAUAAUUUUACAGUAUGUACUUUCUCUGAAGGAUCAAAAGUAUUGAUACUGUGAUUUUUAAAUUCUUGACAUGGGUGUCUUCAUUCUGUCUUCACUUUUGAGAAUAGAAUAUUGGGAUUGCAAAACAGAAUUACAGUUGUCUAAAGAUAUUAAAUUUAACCGCAUUUUCACAGUUUGGAAAGGUGCACAGAAGACAGUGAUGAAGUAAUUAAGACACAACCUGCUAUGUACGUGGAAUAUGUUAGAAUCUCUUUUUAAUUGCCAUGUGCCAUUUUUUCUCUCUUCUUUUAUUCACAAAUGCCAAAUAGACAUGUCAUAGACACUACAUUUUCCCCAGUGGCUACAGCCUGAAACAGUGGGGUUUUUUUCUUAAGUUAGAGCUUUUUUUAAGUGUUCUUUUUCCACAGUAGAAAAAUUAUUUUUAUUGUAUAGAAUUAAUGUUGCCAAAUCUGGCUUUUUUAUAAAACCAAUGCUCUUGAAACAUAAGAUACUGAUUGAAAUGCCAAACUGAUGGGUGGGGAACUGACCUGAUUGAGUCAACUGCCAAAUGAUAAACAAACACAGUUUCAGCUCAUAUGUUACCUUUUUUAGAAAGUGUUCCAUUUUCUAAUGCCAAAACCAACAGUGUGAGUGAAAGUGCUGCGAGGUGCACCAUGCACACGCAUGUGGUCUACUAAUUUAAAGACAGUUUAAAUCUCCUUAUGUCAGAUACGGCAUGAGAUUGUUUUCUGUAAUAAUAUCAAGGCACCUUUAGUUGUAUAACAAGAAAUUAUUGAUGAGAGAUCAUAUUCAGGGACCUUUCUUGAUAAGGUUGCUUGUUAACUAACUGAUUCACAGACAUUUGAUAGGCUUUCAUGCAAAAUAGCCUCUCUCAAUGUUCUUUAGAAAAGAUUUAUUAAUGUAAAUGAAACAAGGAGAAAAUCAUUCUUGAAAUUUAAAUGUGCAAUUUUUUAACAACAAAAAUGCAGCACACAUUGAUGAGCCUUUAUUCUGCAGCUUAGGUUGAAAGGUGUUUUUUGACCAGGUGCAUGAUUGCUAGCAAGCUAUAGAAAACUCAAGAGUUCAGACAUGUAAUUGGAUUGAUUAUCUGCAAUGCCAAGUAGCACUAGAGUGCACUUAACACAGAAAUUGCUGCCUUGUAGCAGCGCAUGGGAGGUGGAAAAAAGAAUGGCUUAUUAGUUGAUUACCAAAGUUAACAAUAAAUACUAAUGAGGCGUUUUUCAUCCUUAACCCUCCCAACUCCAAAACAGUAGUAAGAACAGUUGCUAUUUUUUGCUCCCUCUUAAAACACCUUGUAAUUUAAAACUGGUUGUAGGUAUAGUGCAAUUAUGAAUGCUAUAAUCAUUGUACAUACAUCUAUAUAUAUAUAUAUGGCAGCAUCCAUAUUGGCUUUGUAAUCAUUAAUUUUUGGCAAAUUGAAUGUGCUGUAUUGAUAUGUAUCUAUGUAAUUGUAUUGUAUGUCAUAGCUAAUUCACAUUUUAAAUAAUGUUAUUUUAUUUACUUUUUUAAGAGAGAAGAAUGUAAAUUUUGUGAGUUUAUUUCUGACUAGGGAUUUGUUGUUUUUUAUUUACAAAACAAAAAAAAAUUACUAUAGUACAGAGCGGUACUAGCAUCGUGCUGUAAAAAUCAUUUGCACAUUCCUGAGUAGAAGUAAAUUGGAGACACCCAGACAAAAGCCAUUCACAUUCAAAAUAAUGCUUAAAUCUUGUUAGGGCUUUACACAGGUGUAGAAACCAGCCUUAUUAGAAGAGCUUAUGCUGUUAUAUCUAGGAUUGGAACAUAAGCUUUUAAAUAUAAAUUUAAUUUCUAUUUGGCAGGUUCAUGUUAGGUUACUUUUACUUUUCUAAUAGGCCUUAUUAGAAAAGUAAAUUUAGAGAUCUUUCAAAUCAUUGUACAUAAGUACUAAUGAGUAUAUGCUGUUGCCCUAAAAAUACCAUGAAAAAGUACGGAACAUCAGAUCAAUCAAACAGUCUUUCAGAAACUGCAGAAACCUUAGCUAUAACAACAACAACCAAAAAGUCACUAUUGUUAAUGAUUUUAAGGAGUUAAGGAGUUUUAUUUAAUAAAGCUAAAGCAGAUAGAUCUAGGUUAUAAAAAGUAACACUGACAUUCUGAACAGGGGAUCAGAGCAGUGACUCUUACAUACAGCAUAACAAAAUUGGUCCUGAUCUUGCUAUAAAUGCAACAGAGCUUCUGUUUGCACAGUUCCAGUGUUGAUAAUAUCCCUUCUUUUAACUUGGGAAUCCAUUCCCCACGCUGGAUUCAGUGCUGUAAAGGGAACUCUAGCCAAAAAAAAAAAAAAAAAAAAAAAAAAAAAAGGAAAAGAAAAAAACCAAAACAAACCCCCCCAAAAUAGACAGUGGUGUCUAACAAAAGUUAGGGUUUGUUUUUUUUUUUUUUUUUUUAAUUUGUUUUCUUAUGGGAUAUUGGGUGGGGGAGAAGGAAAUGUGGUUCUGAGUUUUAUAUAAAAACAAAAACAAAAGUUUACUCAUGCUUUAUAGUUCUAUUGUGAUUGCAAAAGUUUUCAAGAGUGUGUGCCACUGGGCUACUUCUGGUAUAUUUUAGGUAAGUUAAACCUGUGGCAAUGUUUAGAUCAUUUGAGCAUGCUCUAAAAAAAAAAAAAAAAAAAAAACAAAACAGUAUGCCAAGGCAAGCUUUACAUGAAUCACCUAACACAGCAUUGCAGUGUGACAGUUUACAAAAACAUUUCCUUUUUAAAUGACACAGCUGUUCCCACUUGCAGUAUAUUCUGUUGUGGUGGUGGUGGUGUUGCUGUUGUUUUAAUUGGUGGUUUCUACUAUGCCUUAUAGUGCUUGAGUCCAGAAGUUUGUGCCUCUAACAUGAAGCUGAAGGCAAAAACAUCAAGACAGAAACCCUUUUAACUUUGCCAAAAUUAUGUGAUUUCUUUGAAUGUCAUAAAUGGGGGAGGAGGGAAGGAAAACAUCUUGGGAAUCUGUUCUAGAUGUUCACUAGCACAAGAAAGCUGUAAUACGUGUUUUACAGAAACCUUAAACUUGCCUUUUUCACAAAUUAACUGGCGCUGUCCUUACAUAUAUAGAAUGAUGCAGCUAUAAGGGCAGUUUACUUUUUAUAAUUCAGACUCUUUUGAUUGUCAAGGUGUAUGGACUGUAAUUUUUAAUCAUACUGCCACAUGAUUGUGAAUCACUUAAGUUUGAAAGUGGAGAAGAGACUUUUUAUGCUGGAUAUCAGUCACAAUUGACUGCAUGAUUUGCAAAAACUCUAAAUGGAGGGGGAAAGGGCUGCAUAUAAAGACAUUGCUAGACUCCCAGCCUUUGGUUGUAAGGUGCAGAAGACGUUCGGAUUACUCAACCUCAUGACCCUUUCCUUGUUACACAUUCUUCACAAAAGAAUGAAGUAUUAGGAGAAAACUAAGACAUGUUAACCCACAUGAAAAAAUAAAAUUUAGCCAAUUAAUUUAUUAUAUGUGCUGCUGUUCUUGGAGCUCUGUGCAUGGUUAUCCUGCAGACUAUUACAUUAGUGAACUAAUCAAGUGUGCACAGCAUAUUAACAAGGCCUACAAAUGACCUACCUCUAGCUAAGAGACCAGUAAAUUAAAUAUGUUUUGGAGAGACCAUCAUAAUUUAGGAAAUUAAAAUGUCCUGGUGUAGGUAAUGGUGGUAUUUUAGAAAUUCACACUUUUGUAAAUACGGUCCCCCUUUUGACAUAAACUAUAAAUUCUAAAAUUUAAUAUGCAUUAAAAAACUAAAGCCAUCCGUCCCUGUCCAGUUUGUUAGUUUAGUAGAGAUCUUGCAAAACCAUACAUUUAGUUUGAGAAGAGGAGCUACUGAUAUUUCCUCUUUUUUGGCUUUUGGUUACUCAUAACAUUUUGAGUUUCAUCAAUGAAACCAGAAACAUUUCUACAUAAUCAAUACAUUGAGGGUCACUAUUUAGCUAGUUAAAGGGAUUUAACUGUAAGUUUCUCUCAAGCUUUUUCACAGUAGCCGUGCUGCAGGGAAGAAAGGAAUAGAGGGAGAUUUCAAAGACAGUGUGAAAAAUAUAAAGUCAGCCAGAUCAGUCUUACUUUAAAUCUGUUGGUUUGGUUUUUUUCUCUCAAAAUAACAGUUUAAACUGAAGUCUGUUGCUGGAUUCCUUGUCUACCAUGCUGCAGGAAAUCCUUAUUUGACCAAUUUUUUUUUUUUUUGGGGGGGGGGGGUAGGGGGGGUCAGAUACAUUUUUAAACUUGCAGUAUUUAAAAAUAAAGAUCAUAUUUGCUGUUCUUAAAGUGUCAUUUAAAUGCAUGUAUUGUGUGUUGUUUGAGGGACAAAAAUAGGGGGUUUGGAAAAAAACUAUUGUACAGUUACUGCCCCUCAGAAAUGUUGCUGGUUAAAAGUACAAUAUUUUUGGCCAUAACUUAGUACUAUAGUAUCUUCAUUCCUUGAAAUUUAGCUUUUCUGAAAUAUUAUUUGGGCUUAUUGUUGUCCCAAAAUGUUUCUUAUUAUGAUAAAUGUUGGAUAGAUGUAUUAUUCCAUUAUUGCUUUUCAAUUAUAUGUGCUCUGUCAUCAUUGUCUAAAUAUUAAAAUUUCCAGAAUAUCUUUACUAACAGCCAGAAUGUUCAAAACAAUUAAGGUUUGUUACAGUGGGACAGUCAUUUGACAGUAUUAUUAAAGGGUUUUUUUGGCGUGUGUACAAUGGAAACUUGGAAGCAUGGGGGAAAAGAAAUAAUAGCCUAUAUCUCACUAAUAGAAAACUUGCAGAAUUUGUAGACGGUGAGGUGAAUUUCAUAAGCAUUUUGGCUGAUUGCAGUAGUACUGCAAGAAGAGACUGUUUCUUCAGUCUUUUUGUUCACCUAUGUGACGAUAGGAAUAACAGAAGGAUGCCUACGUGUUGCUUUUCAGGAGUCUGGCUCAUAUCUGAUCAACAAUCAGUGGAUCUCAAAUCUUCAUUACUGAAGAAAGAUUAUUUCAGGCCAGUUGCAAAAAUAAGUUUGUUAUGUGAUCACAACAGUUAAAGUGAGAUUCUUGGAGUCCAAACAGUUUGCCUAAGCAAGGACUUGAGUGAAUGGUUCCUGAUUUUUCUUUCCUGUUGCAGAAUGUAAUGGAGAGGGAUCAGUGGGGAAGGAUUUAUUUUAUCUUUAUGUCUGAGUGAAGAUAAUGUCAACAAAAAUACAGUAUAAGUGGUGAUAUUUAGAUACGUGAAAUAGAUGUAGAAACUGUAUCUGUGUGAUAAAUUGUGCAUAGUUGUGAUAAAACCUUGGAUCACAUACUAUCAUCAUAUCACCCAAUUGCCAACUGCUUUGUAGGAUACUGUCCCAAACACCUAGGACUUCCAGAGUAUUUGUAGACUGCCACAGAAUACAUGGUUACCAGCUCCUCCGGAACACAUCUGGUAUCAGUAUCUGGUAUCAAGGCAGCUGACCCCCUCUCAUAGCUCGUUGCUACCAAAAGGAACUACCUUCCAAGACCUCAGUUCCCAGUCCUUGUGUCAGACCUGCCACUUGGCCAGCCAAUAAACUGGGUAAAAAAACCCCACUCAUUUUUGCUCUUCUUGCUUGGCUGGUUCAGUAGCCUUGAUUUUCAGGGGUUUCAGCCAAUUCGGCUUAUCAAGGGUUGAGACAAGUGAUAAGCUGACUAAGUGGAAGAGGCAGAAUUGUGGGGCCAAAAGACUUGGAAGUCAGGAAAAAAGGGAGCAACACUCCCCUCCCUUUAAAACAUAGUCCUGAAGAGCGUGCAGUAUCUAAAACUUUCAUUUUAUGCCCUUCAUGGGCUAUUAGCUAUUCUGGCUUGGAAGGAAUGCUCUUUCCACUUUCAAAGAUCUUGUUUGCAUUUUUAUCCUGGGAAAAAAAAAAAAAGAAAUGAUAGAACAAGGAAAACUCUUUGCUGCUCCCCUUGAAGAAUAACAAGUUUGUGUAUACAUGGACUAAACCCAACUGUAGUCAGACUGAAGCCAACAAGUCACACUUGGUGUUGGGGAUGGAGAAAUACAAGAACUGGGCUUUCAUUCAUCUCAGAAAAAAAAAAAAAAAAAAACAACAAUGAAAAAACAACAGUUCUUGUUCAUUUCCAGUAAGAUCUUAAAAAAAGUUUUCCAUCUUUAGGUAUUUACAACAGCGUGUCACUGUGCAUGACAUUCAAGGUUUACUGUGUCUUUGUCUAAGGCACUCCUUCCUUCUCCAUUCAUACUCAUCUAUCACACUGAUGAGUUGCUUCCUGCCAUCUAAGGAAAAUAUUUUUACAGUACUGCUUUAUUUAUGUACACUGGAAUACUUUCUGAUCCUUGGGUAUUAAAGGUAAAUUGGUCUGCUAAAAUUGAACAAUUGAUGAAGUGUAACACAGCUGAAGACCGCACUUCUUGCUUAAUCUUAUUUCAUGUUCCUCCUGCCAUCUUGUUCUGAUUAUUUUUCUAUAUCUUUCCUUUAUCCUGUUUGCCAUAAAGAGAAUGUUGCUUGACAUAUCGGAUUCAGUUCUGCUAAUCAUUACAGAACUGAUUAUACUGGCUUAAUUAAAGACAAAUUGUGAAUAAUAAUAGCUUCAGGAAGUUCCUGUAAUCGGGGGCAGAUCCAAUUAGCCUUGUGGACAGGCAUUCAAAACUGUUAACACUAUAGUUGUAAUACAGUCAACUGAAGGAUAUAGUAGGCUAACGUGGGCCAAAUUGGGCCAAAAUACGCAUUUUAGUAUGUCAAUAGAGAACUGUGUUUGCCAAGAUGUUCCUGAAAAUUUGCUUUUUUUCCUACAGUCCUGUAUGAAGUGGUUAGUGCAAUGAAUUAUCAGACUGGCACUCAACUGAAGAGAUGCAUUAAUUCAACAAUAAGUUCAAAUGUAUUCUUGCAGAAAUAAGUUAUCGCAUAAGAUUACUUUAUAUGAUGCUAACA